AUAACAUCUGUAUAUAUCCUCAACUAUUAAGGACAAUCCCGUCUUUUCAUUCAUUAGGUCUAUAUAAGAUACACUCUUUAAGAACCAUUUCUUUAUCAUUUCAUAUUUGUUUUUAAAAAAAAUAAUAAAACUUUACUCAACUCACUCCCUCCCUCAUUCUUCUGCAUACACAGUUUGUAUUUGAUUGUUGGAGAUGUCGCUUGAGAUUGGAAAAUUCAAUAAGAUCCGUUGCAUUGUGAGGAUCAGUCAGAUGCUCCGACAAUGGAAGAAAAGAGCUGUUUCUCCUUCAUCUAAACGCAUAGCUCCUGAUGUUCCUUCCGGACAUGUAGCGAUCUCGGUAGGCAGUAGUUGCCGGAGAUUCGUGGUGCGAGCGAAGUAUUUAAACCAUCCGAUUUUCAGAAAGCUACUGAUUCAGGCGGAGGAAGAAUAUGGCUUCUCGAACCAUGGAACCUUGGCUAUACCUUGCGACGAAUUUUUGUUCGAGGAAAUCCUUUGGUUCGUCUCUCGAUCUGGAUCGAGUAACUGCAAUCGUUCGUUAAACAUUGAAGAUUUUCAGAAAUCCUGCCAUGCAAGGUACAGGAAUAGUGUGGAAAAUUUUGGUGAAUCUCGGGCGUUACUUGGUGGAUCUACUGAAAAAUCAGUGUGUUAAAAAAACUUGAAAAUUUGAUUUUUAGGAGUAGGAAAUUUAUGAUUUUGCAAAUGGAGAUGGCGAAAAAAAAUAAUCCUUCGAGGACUAAUUAAGUCAUCCCAAGAUGUUUUGCUAACAGACUCCAGAUUGUAAAGAGUGUCUGUUAUUUUUCUUUUUUAAAACUAGGAGGAGUCAAAAUUUAACUAGUCAAAUCAAUGGAGCUACUAAAAUUAUCUCUAUAUUAUUCUUUAUGAUAUUUAUGUUAUACGUAUUUUUUUUCUUUGUUCAGAAAAAAGUUGUAAAAUUUGAUACUUGCGUAAUUGAUAUACUACUCUUCAUAAAA